AUGCAGCCAACGGCUUUGGAGCCCACGCCGCUGUCCAGCGACAAUGGACCCCUCAAGUCCGCUUUCGGGGAGGUGGUUCAUCGUGGCUGGCUUAACCUCAAAACGCGCAGUAUGGUAAAUGUACGCCCCCGACAUAUGCGCUACUGCAUCCUGACACGGGACACGCUGCUGCUCAGCACGUUCAAGUUUCAACCCAGCACGGGCGAUCUGCAGUCCGGAUUGAUCAAACCUCUACGUAGCUACAAGGUGCUGGGCGUAGCUCCUUGGGACGGCCGCCGCUUCGCCUUCCUCGUAAGUGUCAAGCAGGUGGACGACCACGCAGAUAAAGUGCUGGAGAUCGACGGCCCCACCGCUACAGCUGCUAGUGAUUGGAUCCAUCAUCUGCGAGUACUAACGAGUCAUGACGAGGAAGAAUGGCCGCCUAACACGACGUCACUGGCGUCUCUUGGAGGGAGCGACCAGAGCUCGGACUCACCUUCAGACGCGACCACAUUGUUCAGUAACGACAAGAAGGAAGCCAAUUUAUGGGUCAAAGGCGCGUCGGUGCACCGCGGACUGCUAAACGCUUCUGGAGAGAAUAACUGUUUCUUGAACGUCGUCAUCCAGAGCUUCUGGCACUUGACGUCUAUGCGGCACUUCUUGCUGCAUGUGGAGGUGAAGGAUGAGUCGCGUUCUGUGGAAUCGAACGUACUUCGAGCACUCAAGUCGAUCAUGAUGGAAUACGACGAUACGUCCAGUGGAGUGCUGCAUUCUCGUGCUAUUCGCAAGGGAUUAAGUGUACUCUACUCGGCUGACAAAAAUUUCCAGGAAGGAGCAAUGUACGACGCUGAAGAAACGCUACUUGCAUUGCUGAAUCUGAUGCACCAGCAGACAGAAGCUACGGAGAUCGAAGAGACUUACAAGACCACCAUAAUGGUCAAGUCGCUGGUAAGACUUGUCAGCGCUGACACGUACGAGGAGAAGCCACAGGCUGUCUUUGACGAUAACAGCAUCCCACAUCUAGUGUUCUCACACCAGAUUUACGACAGAUACGUGUGUGGCACUUGCAACCACAGCUCGCCCUGGGAUCUGUACUCCAACCUCGUGUACUCAACGUACGCGAGCGACUUGUACGCUUGCAAGUACGAGUCUACAGAGCAGAUGUUCCGCCGACUUACAGCUCAGGAAGCGGACGUGGCGUCCAAAUGUGAGCAGAAGGGAUGUGGAGGUAAGCUUGGCAAAGAGCGCGUGAUCCACCGCUUCCCCAUGGUAUUUGCAGUGUCGAUUCUAUGGGCCACGCAGAACGCAACGAAGGAACAGGUACAGGGAGUGCUGGAGAACAUCGACGACCGUUUGGAUCUGGCCAAGUGCUUCGACGCUGCUGGCCCGGUCAUCCGUUUCAAGAACGGUGGCUUACGUACAACAUAUCGCUUGCGAGGCUUUGUCUGCUACUAUGGACGCCAUUACGUGGCUCUCUUCUACAGUACAGCACACAAGAUGUGGCUGAUGUUCGACGACUCGCGGGUGCUCGAGAUGGGAUCCUGGAGUAACGUGGUAUCAGAGUGUCUAAAGGGCCGAUUCCAGCCAGUUCUGCUGUUCUAUGAACUCCCUGACCAACGCAAGGAUUCGUCUGUGGGCAUCUUUGUUAAUGAUGGCUCACUAAAUGUGGAUCGGCCGAAAAGCUUGUCUGUUGGCUCCCAGCAAGGAGAUUUAAUGCCUCCGUCCAUCCAGGAGGAAUCUCCAGAUACGGAACGGCCUUCGUUGCGUCGACUGGACGAUGCGGAGCUUCACAGUGUUGAUGAAGAGCAGGCAACGCUUUCCAGCGGACGCGGAACACACACAGUAACAGAGCUGGAGACCAACGCGGACAUCGAACUGGAGGAGCUGAGUCUCCGUGACUCAAUUACGCAAAACAUCACGCCGGUGUCCGCUGCUAUUGCCAUGUGUCCUCGCUCGAUCUCCAUGAAUUCUCCAUUGGGCGAGGACGAGUACGACGUGCGUUUCGGUGAGGCUCUACUGCUUGGUAUGUACUUAGAGAAGAUAGACAACGAGUUGUGUGUGACCAGCUUCCCUCGCGGAGCCAAAGGCGGCAUGUUCGGCGCCGAGAAGUGCGGGCAAAUCGGUCUUUUCGACACCAUUCUGCAAGCCAACGGACAUCCGCUUCAACACUACCAGGUGGAUCGAGCGCUGAAGAUGAUUAAGGCUCAGACUCGCCCGCUUGUAAUUCGGUUCCGCAAGUCUAAACGAGUGCAGCAGCUGCUCGACAUGGGCUUCUCUCGAGAGCUGGCAGUGGAGGCAUUGCAGAAGAAGAAAGGGGACGUGCAAGCUGCUGCCAAUUAUUGCUUUGAGACCACCAGCGGUUGA